AUGGACGCGUGGGUGGACUGCAUCGCGGGGAACGGCGUGAUGCGCGAGUUGGGCGUGGGCGACGAGGUGUUCGAUCGCGAGGAGGGGCUACACAUCGGUGGGGAGAGCAGAGCAGAGUCAGUGUCACCUACAAUCAGUGUGACCGGAACAGUCAAUGUGGCCGACCCGGAGUGGCGGCAAAUAGAGAGCAGCGGUGGCGAAGAGAGAGUGGUGGCGGCAAAGAGAGAGCGGUGGUGGCAAAGAGAGAGCAGUGGCGACGAAGGGAGAGCGCAAGGGAGAAGAAGAAAGCACGAGUGCGAUGGAGAGGACAUGAGGGCGAAGGGAGACGUUACAAUUGCGAAUCACAAGUCCGGUGCGCGGGACGCCGCAGUCGCGGUGGCUUUGAGGGUAGCCACCUCAGGCUCUCAACGGAAGGCGGAGGCCGACGCAACAGGCAUCAGCGGGAGCGUUGACCGGCAGAUCCAAGCGAGCGUCCUCGACUGCGCUAGGUAUACGCACCUCGUCUCGCGCUUCCUCACGUCCGCACCAUCCCAACCCCCUCCCGUGCUCGCUCUCUAUCCGCAUCCGUACGUCCGGAGCCGCGCGCGCCAGUCGUCCGUCGUCAUGGCUGAGGAGGCGGUCGACGAAGACGUCCGUGCGGGCUCAUCCACGCGCGGGCGGAACGUCCGGUGCAAGUCGAGGUCGAGCAGCAGAGCUCUGCCACGUCGGAGGGUCGUGCCGGCGAGGGCCCAAGCAGUGCAGGAUAGGUCGAAUACGCGGGUCCGUCCGCAAGAGACGUCGGCACCCGCAACGGGCUCCAAGCGACGCGCAACUCCAACGGGGGAGGGGGGUGAAGGAUGGUCGCGCAGGAAGGGAAAGACGUGGGUAGAAGGCAGAGUGAUCAGGUCUCCCCCUAACGUCGACGUCGACGGAUUCGUUCAUCUCGCCUCUCUACCUACUGUCUACUCGUCGUACAAGACCUGGGGUAUGGCUGUAAAACCCUAUGCGUCAGCGCCCACAACCCCAUCCACUAAUAUCAAUCACAGGACGUAUACCUUACCGGGGCUUGAGCAUUUUAAUCAAUUACCCUCGUUUUGCUACGACACUCUUUCUUGUGACGACCCGUCGUGGCCCCGCGGCACAUCCUCCAACUCCCUCAGCCCGCCUGAGAUCGUCUUCCCUGGCACGGGUUCCGCGUCUCCGGGAACAUUGCCAUGUUCUGUCUUGCCCUUGAAUGGGCUCACGCAGUUCCUCUCGAGGCCGACGAAUUGGUUUAACCGCGUGACGUCCGACAAGGCGUCACGCUCUUCAAUUAGUUCCAACGAACCGAGGUCCAGCACGAGUUCUUCAGGCCAGAAGCACAAGAUCUCGCACCCAACGGACCCUCAGCCAAAUCCUUAUAGGCCCGCCGCCGAAGAUGAGCGCGCCUCUAGCUCGAGAAGCCAGGCCGCCAAGCACCGGCGCACCAGCCCGAUGAGCUCACGCGCGAGCACGGCGGACGACCCGCACGCGUCGAGCAAGGUCUAA